GCAUUGUACAGGCACAGAAAAGAGCGCUCCGGAUGACAUUUUCACACAGUUUGGGGUUAUGCAGUGAUCAGAGCUAGAUAUCAAGGGAAACUUACAUUUUCCUGUUUUCAUUGUUUUAUUUUCCAAUAGUGUGUCUGAAUAGACAAAUACACUAUGCAUUUGGUGAUACUCAUUUUAAUCCUCCAAACGCUUCAAUCUUGUCAAGCAUAUACAGAUGACUCCUCUCAAACUGGAAAAAAUGCAUCACAAUCAGAGCUUAAUAAGACUCAAACUGAGCCCUAUAUAACUCAACAAUCCAAUGCAUGCUCCUGGAGUCCCAGGAUCCUUAGAGAUGAGAUAUGGACUUCAGUCACAUUCACUGCAGAGUCCAGAGACCAAGUAGCCCAUCAGAUCUGUAUGGAACUUGGCUGUGGUGGAGUCUACAGUCUUAAUGAGACCAGCGCACCACCCAACAGUACCUGCCUCACAAACUGCACCUACCAUGAAUAUCAUCUUCAGAACUGUUCCCAUGUUGUGAGGAUGAAUUGCACAAUGGUGUCCGAUGUCGUUUGUGAGCAUCAGGCUGUGAGGCUGGCUGGAGGCGAGCACCGCUGUGCUGGACGUGUAGAGCUGUGGAGAGAGGGGCAGCAGUGGGGCACGGUGUGUGACGAUGAGUGGGACUUGAGGGACGCUGAUGUGGUAUGUGCCCAGCUUGGCUGUGGGUAUGCUUUGAGUGUGACAGGGCAGGGUGGUGCCUUCCCUCAGGGCAAGGAUCCCAUCUACCUGGAUGAGCUGAAAUGUACUGGCAAAGAGGAAAACCUGUGGCAGUGCCCAGCGUCAGAUGAAAGCCAUGACUGUGGGCACAAGGAGGAUGCUGGGGUGGUAUGCUCAGAGCUGAAGGCAGUGAGGCUGACCGGAGGUGUGGACCGCUGUUCUGGUAAAGUGGAGAUCCACCGUAAUGGAUCAUGGGGGACAGUGUGUGAUACCUGCUGGGGGAAGGAGGAAGCCUCAAUGGUGUGUUCCAUGUUGGGCUGUGGGGAGCCAGUUCAUUUUCUAGCUUUCAUACCCCCUUUCACUCACAAUGAUAGUACCCUGUGGUACUACCAAUGCUUUCCAAAUCACACAGACCUUUGGCAGUGUAAGGAGUAUGCCAACAAGACAACAUUGUGCGCUGACUCUAAAGCGGCUGGACUUAUUUGUAGUGGAUCACAUGGACGAUAUCUUCCAGUUACAACAGAAGCAACUACAACAGUAUUAAGCAGGAGGCCAGGCCUAGUGACUACAGCCAGUGUUUCAAAUGAUGGCUUCCCAUUCUCCAUGUCCCUAGAGCUGCUGGGGUGCAUCUCCCUAUCCUUCCUUUUGCUCAUGGCUCUGGUCACAAACGUUCUGCUUUGCUGCCACUACAGGAGGAGAGAUGCUCUCUUAGUCCAGCACCGACAUGCUAACCUGCAAACGCCAACUGAGCAUGACAACGACUACCGGGACUCUGUGAAUCUCAUCAAGGUCACAACCAGUAGCCCAACAGAAAAUGAUGUCCCAUCAAAUCCCAGAUAUCAGUGGACCCAGAGUAGUGUGGACAGCACCUCAGUGGAUACAGACUAUGAGCAGUGUGAUCUAAGCACCGAGGCAGCUGUGCAUAUGACCACCUUUCAGAAUUCUAUACGAUACAAACAAGAUACCAGGAACCCUUUUAUGAGGGCUACAGCUCUGGACAGUCUAUCUGAGGAAGCACAUGCAGGAGACAACCAUACCGUUUUCAUAGGAGGCAUUGUUGACCAAGAUCCAGGAUGCAAUUUAGGGCCCCCAAGUGUGGACUCCUUUGAUUCUUCCAGCACCUCCUCCGAGGAAUGCUAUGAAAACACAGGCAAAGAUGUAGAGAAUCUAGUGACAUCAGGAGUGGCUGAUGGGAACAGUGGUGAUUAUGAGGAGGAGGGCCACCUGAACUCUCCUGACCCCAACCAGUCCUCCUCAGAGGGUGACUAUGAUGACAUCGCUAACUACCUGGACUCAAACCUAGAGCAAGGCUACUGAAUGAGCUGGAAGGACCUACGUUUUACUGUAUAUGUCAAUGUUUCUGUUAAUAUAAAAGAGUGGCUAGCUAAUUGUUUGCAAUGUUUGAAAUUAUGUAUUAAUGUAUAGUAUACAUACAGUAUGUAGGUAUAUUAUGUAUGUUUUGUAUUUUGUGUUUUUAGGUGUGAUAAUAAAAAUGUAAUAUUUGUUUAA